AGAGAGAGAGAGAGAGAGAGACGGUUCUGACAUACGGCGCUGCAGACUACCACGCUCGCACCGAGUCUCUGGAGCGUCCCGAAGGCGCGAGGAAGUUUGAGCGGGCUCGGGGGCUCCGUGUGGGGCUGAGCUUCACAGCGCGGAGGUGCUAGCCGAGGCACAGAAUGCAAGGAGAGUCCACACCCAGGCAGUGCUGUCCUACUUCAAGUUGGGAGGCUCCAACUGAAUGAACUAGAACUCUCGAGUUGGAGAAGUGAAAGCAAGUUUGCAUGGGAUGCCAUUAGAUACCAAGAGAUGUAAGAAGGGACUCGUCUGAAUAAGCAUAACAGAAUAGGGUUGGUAUCUUUGUGACAUUUUAUCAGUGCACCUGGCUAUGUACCAUUCAGUGAUGCCCCUUUGGUCCGAGAUGGACCACUGCCACGAUGGCCUCCGCACAAGACAAAAGAAACACGGCUCUCUGUCUCCAAGUGAUCACCAGUUGUGUCUGUAUUUCUUCAUGACACGUGGUUGGGUGUAGACUCUCUCCCGCUCUGACCCACUCUGUAUCACAGUAAACAUACUUCGCAACCUCAGGCCUCAGAGAAUGAUAUGUCCAAGGAAGAAGAGGCCCAUCAAAGAUGAGGAUUUUUCAGCCAUCGUUGUGCCCUCUAUGAAGGGCCAUGGUUACCUUGACUACACCAUUGAGAGUCAUCCUUCCAGAGCCUUCGAGCUCAUGGAUGAGUUGCGUCAUCACGGACUGCUCUGCGACAUGGUACUUCAUGUGACUUACAAAGAUACAGUAGUGGAUUUCAAGGUUCAUAAGCUGGUGCUGGCUGCUUGUAGCCCCUACUUCAAAGCCAUGUUCACUAGCAACUUCAAGGAGUGCCUGGCCUCAGAGAUAACUCUGAAGGACGUGUGCCCUCAAGUAGUCGAGAGAUUGGUGAACUUCGCCUAUACCUCCCGCAUCACGGUUGGGGAAAAGUGCGUCCUGCAUGUCCUGCUGACUGCCAUGCGCUAUCAGAUGGAAGACGUGGCCAAAGCAUGUUGUGACUUCCUCAUCAAAAACCUGGAGCCGUCAAACGUUAUUGGGAUCUCCCGGUUCGCAGAGGAGCUCGGCUGCAUGGAGCUUCAUCAACGGUGCCGAGAGUACAUCAACACUCACUUCAGUGAGGUAAUCAAAGAGGAGGAAUUCUUCAGCCUGUCUCAUUGCCAGCUGCUGGAGCUGAUCAGCCAGGACAGCUUGAAAGUGCUCUGCGAGACUGAGGUCUACAAGGCCUGCAUCGACUGGGUGCGUUGGGACGUGGAGGGUCGUGCCCAGUACUUCCACGCUCUGCUCAAUGCUGUCCACAUCUACGCCUUGCCGGCCAAGUUCCUCAAGAGACAGCUGCAGUCCUGCCCCAUCCUAAGCAAAGCCAACUCUUGCAAAGACUUCCUUUCCAAGAUCUUCCAGGAUAUGACCCUCCGCAAGCCUCUGCCCCCUGCCCCGCUCCGUGGAACACAGUUGAUCUAUGUGGCUGGGGGCUAUAAUCAGCAUUCGCUGGGCUCUAUGGAGGCCUUUGACCCUCGGAGGAAGACUUGGCUGCAGCUGGCGGAUAUGGAGACGCCCUGUAGUGGCCUCGGAGCCUGCGUCUUGUUCGGGCUCUUCUACGCAGUGGGAGGUCGAAACCUUUCUUUGCAAAGCAACAUAGAUUCUGCAGCACUGUCCUGCUACAACCCCAUGACUAACCAGUGGACUCAGCUAGCUUCACUUAAUGUACCGAGAAACAGAGUGGGCAUCGGGGAGCUUGAUGGAAGCAUCUACGCUGUUGGCGGUUCACAUGGGUCCACGCAUCACAACACUGUGGAGAGGUAUGACCCAGAGGCGAACAGGUGGACAUUUGUGAUGCCCAUGUCCGUAGCCCGCCUAGGCGCUGGAGUGGCUUCAUGUGGGGGGGCUCUAUAUGUGAUUGGAGGCUUUGAUGGGGAAAAUCGCUGGAAAACAGUGGAACGCUACCAACCGGACACCAACGCUUGGCAGCAAGUAGCACCUAUGAACACCGUACGAAGUGGCUUAGGAGUGGUGUGCAUGGAUUCUUACCUCUACGCAGUGGGUGGUUAUGAUGGUCAAACGCAACUCAACACUAUGGAGAGAUAUAAUGUAUCAAGAGACGUGUGGGAGCCAAUGGCAUCUAUGGGCCACUGUCGCAGUGCACACGGAGUCACGGUCUACCAGGGAAAACUAUUCGUAUUUGGUGGCUUCAACCAGGGUGGUUUCUUAUCCAGCGUGGAGUGCUACUGUCCAGGUAGCAAUCAGUGGACGUAUGUGACGGACAUGCCGGUGGGUCGGAGCGGAAUGGGCAUGGCUGUAACCAUGGAGCCGUGCCCGGGCUGCCUCCAAGAGGAGGAGGAGGAAGUAGCGUGAGAGAGAACUUUGACCUUCGAAGCUCGACCCACUGCCCAUAAUCCUUUGAACCUUGGCACACUUUUCUUACCAAAAAGACCAUGUUUUCCAGGCCAAGUGAUUCUGGGACUGCUGUGCCAGUGUGGACGUUUUCCUCUUGACGAUUUCGGUGAUGCAGUAUUUCCCAGCCCCAUCACCCCCCACAACACCCCCAACCCCACCCCACCCUGGUCACAGUGUGUGUUUGUGUGUUAUUUAGAAAGCAAUCACUGGACUGUAAGGCUGUUUUCCUAACAUAAUAAGGUUUCAUAUAAUGCACUGUGCCCCAGAUGUACACACUCACGCUGAAGACUUGAUUUUAUUAGUUUGUUCUGUAUAUCUGCUCAUUUUUUUAAAAAAUGUUCAUCUCUGCAUUAGAUAAAAAUAGUGAAUAUUCACUCAGACUUCA